AUGCCCUCCACGCAGCAUAAACAACCAGACCUGCAGGUUCCGGUUGCCCCAACCUUCCCGUUAUCAUCACCUAUCAGUGAGGAAAUCUCGAGUCCGUCGUGUUCGUCUGCAGAGGACAAAGAUCUGGAGCGCAGCCGGCCAUUUGACUUCCUCGUCAAUGCUGCUAAACACAAAGUCGAGCAUAAGUCUGGAAGAGAUGGGAACCGCUCGCCCAACCUCUCGCAGCGGGACCGACAUGACCGCCACAGAAGACUGAGCAUUCGGGGCAUCACCAAGAAAAAGAAAGAUGCGGGAAAGCCAGUCGGACUGAAUCUAGUAACAGACUUUUCUCUCGCGGGGCCACCCAAGUAUAACACAGAGAACGCCAGCGCGCCUUUUGUGGACUUGAACGAUCUGAAGUUGCUGGCCAAGGAUCGGGCCAAGGAACGGUCUGCGCAGAAAGUGACCAUCUCUACGGAUCUGGAGGGUGUGCCAGAUACGACAACCCACUCGAAUACGUCCAAAAAGAGGGCAUCUUUUCACCAGCUGCCCGAGGAGACCAGGAGGAUACAGUGUGCGACUGGAAACCCUUUCCUGGAUCCGAAACUCGACAACUCCUUCCUCGACAGGUUCGACCACGGCCUUUCUCCAUCUGACCGGCAUGUCAUGAUCGGUCUCUCCGUACCCCGUCAUGAAUCCUCGCAGCAUGCAAAAGAAAUAGACAGCGCAGGAACGCCCCUCACUCCCUCGAUCAUCGUCACUCCCGCGCGCGAAGAUGCUCCGUGGUCCACAUCGAGCCCGGAGUACCUAAAGCCCCGAGCAACAUCCAGCAUCUACUCUCAGCCGACUCCACGGCUAUGGCAGAAUGAAUCCGACAUCCCCCCCGUGCCGGCCAUACCAGCCGAGCAUUUUGCCGCAAAAAAGCAAACUAUGGACUCUGAUUUCCUGCGUGCGCAUCUCGCAGCGAUGACGCGCAAACGCAGGUCUAUGUCUGCGGAGACUAUUAUCGAGGAUGACACUCCAGACCGAGAACACCCACAUGAGUCUUUGGAUGAUGAUGAUAAAACGCUACUUACCCGACUAAGUGUCAACACCCAGGCAAGCAGGCCCGAAAGCCAGGGCUGGUGGACCUAUCUGCUUUCGCCGUUACUCGGAAAGAAGUCACCGUUGAGUCCGUCAUUUCUUCGAAGCAACGCCUCCGUUGCACCAGCUACAAAGGGCACCCACAGAGAAGGGUGGGAGAAAGAGGUCUCCUGUUUUUCUCCCGAGACCCCGGAAUCAGCAGUGCCGAGCCAAUGGCAGGAGAAUAAAAAGAGCCUGGAUCAGUCUCGUUCUCUGGAGAACAAUGAGGAUCCGGCUACCUCCACCAAGAAACAGAUGACUGCGUCGAUGAUAUUCGGUGGACAGCCUAUCCAGGGCGAAGCGGCGGAAUACUACCAAGCCUGUGCCCACGAACUAUUCAGCAAGACGCCAUAUUUUGAAUGUUGUAAUCAUAUUUGCUCUAUCACGCCUGCUGCGGUCAUUGCCGCGGCCAUGGCCGCCCAAUUAGAUGCUGACAAGGGUGAAACCCGAGACCGUGGUUUGAUAUUUGCGGAAGCACACCCGCAGGAGAAGGAUCGCAGUGUGCCUGCAAGUACGAUGACUGAGAAUAAGAAUCUUCUCAUUGAUAUCGACUCGCCCACUGGCGAGGGGUCAAAGGGUAUCGAGCACUCGAAGGAGAUUUCGUCGCCAAAAUCAACGACUUCCUCGGAUUCGUGGGCCUCGAGUAUCUCCGACGACUAUGGUCAUGAGAAAGCUUUGCCUGAGCCACCGCAAAGCACGAGCAGGGGAGUCGUCCCUGAACCGCCCGCCGAGCCACAAAUUCACCCUCCUCCAGCUGGUGUGCCGGUCUGUGAGCCUGCUCCGAUCCCACAAGCUUUCAUGCCCGAGCCACCACCACCAGGUCCGGUUCCAGUAGCUCCAGCGGUCAUGCCUGAGCCACCACCACCGAUACAAGCUCCGCCUCCACAGAUCAUCAACACGAUUUCCCCACCAGUGAAUAACAUUCAUUAUGCAGCGCAACCCGUCGCAAUGCCCCCAGAGCCGGUUCCAAUGGAGAGGGCUGCUCCUCAAUAUGCCCCUGUUUUCCCUCCCGCCAAUGAACCCCCACGUAUGGAGCCAAUGCCACACGAGCAAUCUCGUGGCAUGGAUGAGUGGCCCAAAGUACCGCCUCCUGCAGCCUAUAAUCCAGCCCACCAGGCGUCGACCCCGGCUGCCCCCGUCCCUAUUCCUAUGGGAGGACCACCACCAGGAUCGGAUUUACCGCAGCAGCAUCAUGUACCACCAUCGAAUUCGAACGAACCCAUAUCCCCAGCGUUCCAACGUGCUGCUGGAGGACCAGGUGCAAUCCCAAUGAAUCCAAUGAAUGAUGUGCAUGCACCAGCCCCAGCAUACAGUCAAUUCCCCCGAGAAGGAGCGGCUCUCCCCCCACGUUAUGCACUUCACCCAGCUCCCGGCGCCGCAUUAAUGAAUCCCACCGGUGAGAGAGGACCAAUGGAAGCGCGACGCCAGCGCCUGGAGCGGGAAGAUGCGAUUGGCAGGAAGGUUGGCGGGUUCUGGCGCGGCCGGGGAUGUUUCAGCAAGAAAGGCUGCUUUGGGCGCCCAGGUCGCGAGGGCCGAACCAAGCGACGCUGGUACUUUGGUAUCUGCACGCUCUUCCUAAUCAUCGUGAUUCUGGCUAUCGUGCUGGCAACCACGUUGACCAGGAAGGGCGAUACCACACCCGUGCAGUCGCAGUGGCUCAAUCUAACCGGUUACCCGCCCAUGCCGACAGGUAUCUCCACCGUCGCCGGCGCAGAGCCGCAGGUCGAGAAGUCCAGUUGUAUCAAGCCCUCGUCUCUCUGGAGCUGCGCUCUCCCCAAGAGCCAGCAGUCUGACAACAAGCCCUAUCCCGCCGAUGAGCCAAACUUCCGGAUCGAAAUUCGCUUCCGCAAUGGAACGUAUGCUAAUAGCACGGCUACCGUGAGCACAACCUCAACGAGCAAAGCCCGGCGAGCCGAUGCCAACUCAUGGGAUCCGUCACCAUCGCCGCCCAGCAUCGCAGAGCAGACGUUCUUAGGAAACACGACAGACGGAAGCGCCGUGCCUUACGCUGGCGAAGACACGCCCUUCUAUUUGACCUUCCUCUCCCCAGUACAGAUCACCUCAAGCACCCUCUUCCGCCGUGCAACAACCAACAACACAACAACCUUCCCAAAUCUAACAGCUGUCAUCCCCGCACCAUCAGAGAACUCCGAUAGCACCGCCGCCGCCGCAACAUUAUACCCGCUCCCGGAAUCCCAGCCUGUCCGACUAUACAACCGCGGCAAGGACACCGAGCACUACGGCUUCUACACCUACUUCGACAAAUCAAUCUUCCUCGCCUCGCGCGCGCCUCUCAACGGCAGCACGACAGACUCCUCCCCGAUCGACACGACUGGCGGCGCCGCCGCCGCCGAUGCCGUCGCGCGCUGCACAUGGUCCCAAACCCGGUUCCUCGUGCAGAUCUGGACACAGCCAUCGAAGCUGGGCUACGCGCUGCUCAGCCCCAGCAACAAGAACGACACAGGCACAUCCACGAGUACCUCAUCCACUGCAACGCCGACCUCGACUUCGUCCACGGCUACAUCGUCGUCUUCAGCAACGGACUUCACGCAGCCCGGCUCAUUCCCGUACCCGAUUACUAUCACAAUCGACCGGCAUGGCGGCGCCGAGAAGCAGAAGUUAGUGUAUUGCUAUGGUAUCGAGAGUGAUCAGCAUUACAAUAUCACGGAUCGAAAGCUGCAGCUUGAGGACCGCGGGUUCGGGGGCACGCUUGUUAAUCCUGCGUCGGGCAUUUUCGAUGAUUUGGAGGGAGGUGAUUCGGGCUCGAAUUCGUCCGUGUAUGGGGGUGUGGAUGGCGGGACGGGGGGUUGUGAGUGUCAGUGGACGAAUUGGAUCGCGCGAUCUUGA